AUGUCUUUUUCCAUCCCCUCAACCCAACAAGCUGUAGUUCUCCCAGCGAAACGCAAGCCUUUCACCUCUCAAACAUUCCCAGUUCAUCUUCCAUCACCAGGUGAAGUUCUCAUCCGCGUCGCCUGGACUUCCUCAACACCCCUCGACCUCCACCGCGCAGAUGGAGGUCUUCUCAUCUCCGAGUACCCAUCUCAAAUGGGAAGCGGUGGCGCUGCAGGAAAAGUCAUCGCUGUUGGGGAUGGCGGUGAUCUUAAGGGCUUGAAUAUCGGGGACCGCGUCGUCGCUUUUGCUUUCCAUGGUGGAAAGGAGGCGAACCACCAGGAGUACAUCACCAUUCCUGCGUAUCUCGCCUCGAAAAUACCAGACAACAUCUCAUAUCAAGAUGCUGUGACAGUCUCGGUGAAUCUAGUUACUGUAUUCCAUACUGUUACUGCAGAUCUGGAAUUGGAGCUUCCCUGGCCUGUACCGGAGAAUUAUACUCCUAAGCAAGCUGAUAGUCCCAUUCUCAUCUGGGGUGCUUCUAGCAGUGUGGGCAUAUAUGCACUCCAAGUCCUCAAGCACUGGGGCUUUAAAAAUCUCAUCGCUGUCGCCAGCCAAAAGCAGCACGACUAUCUCAAAAGUAUUGGCGCAACUCAGACUUUCGACUAUCGCAAGGACGAUGUUGUCGAUCAGAUCCUCAAAUCCCUCGAGAACAAGUCAGAACCUAAGUUGCCCUAUAUCAUCGACUGUAUCGGAUCACUUGAGGGUACCCUAAGACCUCUAACAAAGAUUGCUCAACCCGGUAGCACUGUGGCAGUCAUGCUCCCUGUUAUCCUCAGAGAUGCAACUGUGGACGAGGAGCCAGAAUACGAGAUGGAUGUCGGCAAAGUCUUGACUGAAGAAUGGGCCGAUGGCGUUCAAGUCCGAGGUAACGAGUACUUCAAGCAAAACCUACAGCCAGAGAUUGUACCUAGACUUCUCGCAGACGGCGUCAUUACACCCAACAGAUACCGCGUGGUGGAAGGAUCGUCAGCUGUGGAGAGGGCUCAAAAGGCUGUUGAUAUCUUGAGAAACAAAGAGGUCAGUGGCGAAAGGCUCGUCUGGAGAAUCGCCGAAGAGGAUAUAUAG